CGGGUGCUGCCUGCGGCGCCGCCGCUGCCCUGGGCGCCGGGACGCGGCGGGUCCCUCCCCCGGAGCCGCCCAGGCACCUCCCUCGGGCCGCCGCGGUGAGUCACGACGGAGGAGGAGGAGGCGGCUCCGCUCGGCUCCGCUCCGCUGCUCUCGCCCGCCCGUGCCGAGCGCGCCCCGCCGCCGCCCGAGCCGCCGGGGCCGCGGGCCCCGCACCAGGGCAGUUCCCUUGUACAUUUUUCCCAGCUCCAGUCACUGGUCAGGACAGCCCACGUGGAUUAGCUGAUCUCCUGUGGUUUUUAGAAGCAGGAAAUCCAGGAGCUGGCAGGAGGGGAAUGAACCGAGAGGGCGUCCCCGGGAAGAGUCCGGAGGAGAUGUACAUCCAGCAGAAAGUGAGAGUGCUGCUCAUGCUCAGGAAGAUGGGAUCAAACGUGCUGAGGAUGUUGUGAUGGCAUUUUCCAGGUCAGAGACAGAAGACAGAAGACAGUAACCACAGGACACCUGAACAACACAGAACUGGAGAGGACAGUGAGAUUCCUGAAGAUAGAGGAGGAUGGCUGAGCAUUAAUAAGUUCCUCUGCCCACCCUAAUUGUUCCUUGGUAUUCCUUCUCCUUUGUAAUGUUGUUUCCCUUUGCCCAACCCUCAGAAUGCAUCUCACAGCCAUCUGUUCCUGUCAGAUUUUGCAACUCAGCCGGGCUGUGUUCAUUAAGGACAAACCCAAAGGUGUGCUUUUGGUUGGCUCAAAGGGACAGGCUGUGGUUGGAUAAAGGAAGGCAAUUUUUCAAACUUGACCAAUGGAAACCUUUUAUCUCACGUUUUAUUUUGUAUUUUAAACAAAGUCUCUUGACAUCCUACUUCUAAAGAAGCUUUUCAUGCUGUGGUGCUUAUUUAGGUCAAACUUGUGAAUUUGAAGAGGGUUUGAUUUGGCUGCAUAGAACUGGAAGCAACUUGUGAUUGGGUGACAAUGCAAAAGCUUUCCCUUCAGUUGGCUUGCAGGUAUUUUGCUGACUCCAACGUUUUCAUUGCAGGAAGCUGAUGUUUUGGUGCAUUGGUUAUUUCUUUAUACUUAUUGACUUGGGGGGAAAAGACAAAUGUGCUUUGCAAUAUUUAUUACCUCUACACACAUAUAAACGCUUGCUUUUGGGGGGUUGUUUUGGUUUUUUGAUUGGCUUUGAAGUCAUGGUUUGAUUUCCUUUUGGCUGCAGUGUUUCUGAUGCAAUCAGUUUUUCCAUACUCAGCUGCUCCAUGGCCUGGAGCUCUUUUGGGAGCAUGUGUCAAAGCAGAUUUGGCUCAGGGAGUCCACCUGGCCAGGCUGGAGGCCGAGGAUGCCCAGCCCUGGUGGGCACGGGGGCUGUGCCCCAGCCCUGGCACUCCUGCCUGCCCAGGGCUCCUCUCUGCUUCCCUGGGGGAGUUCUGCAGGAGCUGCAAGAGUGAGAUCUGAGGCUGUGACAUGAAAUUGCCAAAUUUGUACACAUAGAGAAUAUGUGAACGUGUUUAAAAUACUGCAGAGUUCCACUUUAACCCUUUGACUGCUGCACAAGAGUAGCUCUCACGUUAGGAACAAUUAAUGAUCAUUAACUUAAAUCCAGCUUGCACUGGGCUUUGAUAGACUGAAGUUUCUAGUCACUUGAAAAGUUGUACAUGGUUUCCCUCCUCGCAGUGUUUGGUGAGAGGGAAAUUCUCUGGGUGCCAGGAUAGCAGCAGGCUCCUGGGGCUGCUCAGGAGGCAGCAGUGCUGCUGUCAGCACUGAGGGUACAGGGACAUCUCAGCAGGGCCUUAAAGCACACACAGACCUGGACAGGCUGCAAAAGCUGCAGUGCAGUUCCUGAGGUGCACUGACUGGUCAGGAAUCUGCACAGAGUCUCCAGCACUGCUGCCUAAAACCAAGCACUUCAUUCUCUCUUAUGUGUGCAGGUGGUUUUUACAAAACUUCUGGAUUUUGCUGUGGGUUGCACUGACUUUGAGAUGUUUCAGAAUCUAUUAAACCUGAACUCAAUUUACCUGUUUCUGGUUCUUUUCCUAUGGUUGUUAAUUAUUUACAGUGACAAUUCUAGAAUCUAACUGUGACAACAUGACCAUUUUCAUGGCCAGAAAUUCUGCUGACAGGAUGCUGUUGUGUCUCAAAAUGGGGGAGAAGCUGGAGUGAAACCAUGGACUGUCCGUAAAAGGAAGAACAGACUUGUGAGCACAAGGAAGAAAUUAUCUUGAGCAAAUAAAUGCUGUGUAAUGAGAGCAACUGUACAUCUAUUUAUGAAAAUGCUCCUUUUGAUUCAGUUGCAGCUUUGUAAAGUUCUAUGUGAAAGUAAAUCUUUUACCCCUUUUUGUUGGGGCCAGAUAAGAAAUUUCUUUAUUAAAAUAAACCAGGAAUGAGCCCAUAGGAUUCUCUAGAUUUUGACUUGGUUGCCUGAGAAGCAUUUGAUGUGCAUUUGGUGCAGAGGGGGAGCUCUCACAGUGUUAACUGAGGGGCUUUUGUGACUCUGGGGUGGCAUCCCAGGGCUGGCACUGACCCUCCCUGGCCAUCCAGGGCACUCCUCAGCAGCUAAGGCUUUUCAAUAAGCAAAGUGGUUUGAUCUUUUGUGUGGUUUGAUCUUUUCACUGAAAAUGUAACUCUUGGGCAGGGGGGGAAAUACAGUUUUUAAUAUCUA